AUGUCUCAUGCUGUCCGCAAUCCUGUAGCAGACCCAACUGCUAUUGCGCCACCAGUUGCUGCAUCGGUAAAUCCCGAUAUUCCUACCUCUGCUACUGUUACAAGCCAUCGCAAUUUGACCCGAGUUGGCGAAUCAGCAAAGCAUGAUUACGCCAAACAGGUGCCUGGUACAAAGUUGAUUGUAGGCGCUUCUCCGGCAGCCCAAGCAACCGCGAAGUCUUCCAAGUCAAAGAAGAAGAAAUCUCAAGUCAUCGUUACGAUGGCAACUGCCACUACUGCACAGGCAGGUGCCCAGGGCUCUCAAGGAGAAAACACAGGUCGUUGGACGGCAGAGGAGCAUCGAUUGUUUCUUCAAGGCCUCGAACUUCACGGGAAGGGAUGGAAGAAAAUUGCCUCACUUAUCAAGUCCAGAACUGUGGUGCAGAUUCGGACUCAUGCGCAGAAGUACUUUCAGAAGCUUGCCAAGGCAAGGCAAAACGGAGAAGAAGGCGAUGUUCCUAUGGAGGGUCGUGGAGGAACAGCAGCUUUGCCCUCGGUCUCAUCUGCGGCUGGUCAUUCUAGCAAGCGUCGACGACAAACUUCUGGAACAAAAAGAAAAGCGAUUCAAUCUGUUGUCUCCUCAGCACAACGACAGGGAAAGAAGAUUGGUGCUGGACCGGCAACCCCAACUCCCACUCUGCCAUCAGUUGCACCGGCUCUUGCCCCGUACGUCGUAACCGAGGCAACCAUAGAGGCAGGAACCACCCAGCCUUUACCGUCUAUAACGACUGCGCAGGGGACAAUUUCUGGUCACGCUCUAGAAGAUUCGCUGUUUCGAUUCCUCACUCCAGCCCCUGUUUCAAUAUCAGAGCCUCAACUUAAUGAAGUUGCUCGUCAAGCAGGGGCAAAUCCAAUAACUCUACCAACGGAUCAAGUAAGAAAUAUCCAUGAAGUUGGAGAAGUAUCUCCCACUGGAGUAGCUGAUUUUGCGAUGUAUCCAUCAUGGACCGAUGCCAAGGACACGCCGUCCUGGUACGCCAAAGGUUCAGAUGUAGAUGCUUUGUUGGACGUCGCAGAUACUCUUGACUGGCUGACAGACACUGGCGAUUUGCAGGAAACAUACCAGGCUUCACAUUCUUCGGAUCAACGUACCUCAGUCAACGAUCAGGAACCAAACAAGGUUGAGAACGACAUAGCCGGCACCCAUUCUGCUCAUAAUAUGAGUUUGAACACAUUGCAAGAUGGCGAUGUUGUUGUGCCACCUCUCCCUUCUCUUUUUGAUACCGCAGCUGAACCUGAUGAAUUGUCUUUGAAGAAGUCGGAAAGUGGUCAAUUGACGAUGUCGGCAAGUUCGACAACGAUUGACGAAGAUUUGCAAGUUUUCGACACGCCACUUGAAGAACAUGAUUUUGUGUCAACUAUCCUUGAAGAAACGGGCGAUAGCACGAAUACUUUGUUGGCAUUAGGCUGA